CUCGCUUUUCCUUUUCUCUCAAAAAAAUUGUGAAGUUGAAACUGACUCGUAACGAGCGCAGUCUGUCGCUCGCAUUUAUUCUCACCGUUUCCUGUGCGGGGGGAGGCCAUUUUGUAACCUGAGAAAGAUUUUUACCUGCUGACUGUCUGUCGUUUUACUUUCACAUUCAAGUGUGUGGACUUUUAUCUUUAGUAGAGCACGACGAGGGAAAAAAAGUGUCGGCAGCAGGAGAAGAAGAAAAAGGAGGAGAAAUAGGUGGCUAGUUUUCCUUCUCAGUGUGAGGGUGUGUGUUUCUCAUGUAAGAGAGAGGAGACACCGUGAAGAAAGAGCACAAAACACUUCCUGGAGAUUAGAGAAGGGACCCCCUUUAUUCCAAGGGGAACCUGGAGACUAUGCUCCAUCUUCCUGCGUGGGUGAGACUGUGAAUAUUUUUCCCGAGAGUGUUGAGAGCUUCAUCACACAGGUUUGUUUGGGAGGAUGGCCAACGCAAGCCCCUGCAUGCCCCCCACGGGCCAGAUGUUCUUUCCUCCGGGGGUCUCCACGCUGCACGGUUCGGCCGCGGUGACCCCGGUCCCCGUGGCAUCCGUGUCUCCGCAGGGUUGCUUCAACGUGAUGGACUUGAACCACGGGCUGGGUCUGUCGGGGGGUGCCACGGUGACCUCGGUGCCUCCGACUGCUGCAGGGGUGUCCUUCAGCAUCCAGAUCGGCCUAACGCGAGAGUCGGUGCUGAUGCCACAGAGUGCAGACUUGGCCUACGUGAAACAAAUUGCCUGCUCCAUUGUUGACACCAAGUUCCCAGAAUGUGGCUUCUAUGGUAUCUAUGAUAAGAUAUUGCUGUUUAAGCAUGACACAUCAACCAGCAAUAUCCUGCAGCUGGUUAAAACUGCAGGUGACAUUCAGGAGGGAGAUCUGGUGGAAGUGGUGCUCUCUGCGGCAGCCACAUCAGAAGAUUUCCAGAUUCGGCCCCAUGCUCUAAACGUGCAUUCCUACCGGGCCCCGGCCUUCUGCGAUCACUGCGGCGAGAUGUUGUUUGGACUGGUCAGACAAGGGCUUAAGUGUGAUGGGUGUGGACUGAACUACCACAAGCGCUGCGCAUUCAGCAUUCCCAACAACUGUAGAGCUCGGAAGAGGCGCCUGUCCACAACUUCUGUGAGCAGCAGCCAGUCUCUGCGGCUCUCCACCAGCGAGUCCGUUUACAGCGUUGGGACCACAUCUACUUGCACCGAGGACUCUGGCCUUGUCCGCUCACACACGCAAAUGCCCCGGACACCGAGUGAGGCCCGGCGCUUCUACACGGGCCGACCCGUACAUCUAGACAAGAUCCUGAUGAGCAAGGUGAAGGUGCCGCACACGUUCGCCGUCCACUCGUACACGCGUCCAACGGUGUGCCAGUACUGCAAGAGGCUCCUCCGAGGGCUCUUCAGGCAGGGUCUGCAGUGUAAAGACUGCAAGUUUAACUGCCAUAAACGUUGUGCAUACAAAGUUCCUAACGACUGUCUUGGCGAAACCAUUGGAGAAAACAGAAGUAACAGCGAUAUGCUGAGUCCCAGUGCUGACCCUGAGGUGCCCAUGGACUAUACCAGCGACUACGACGCCUCAGACAAGUCCUCAAUGGACGACUCGGAUGAAGCCUGCAGCAUCCCGGGCUCGUUCUCUCCUGAGAGCAACCAGGAUGGAGUCAGUGCAGACCAGAGUGUUUACAUUCCACUCAUGAGGGUGGUUCAGUCAGUGAGGCAGACAACCCGUCGAUCCAGCACAGCCAUCAAGGAGGGAUGGAUGGUUCACUACACCAAUAAAGACACACUGAGAAAGAGACACUACUGGCGUCUGGACUGUAAGUGCAUCAUCCUUUUCCAGAACAACACCUCAAACAAAUACUACAAGGAGAUCCCUCUCUCAGAAAUCCUGGAGGUGCGACCAGCCGGUAACUUCACUCUGGUACCCUCCGGUACAAACCGGCACUGCUUCGAGAUCAUCACGGGCACCAUGUGCUACUUUGUGGGGGAGGACCCCAACACCCUUCCUUCCCAGUCCCCCCAGCACUCCCUCCCCCAGUCACCCCCAUCCCCCAGCCAAGUGGCGCCCAAUAGCGGCAUCGGGCGUGAGGUGGCCAAGGCAUGGGAGAGCGCCAUCCGUCAGGCCCUCAUGCCUGUCAUCUUCCAGGAUGCCCCUCCAGCGGAAGGAAACACGACUCACAGACAAGCCUCCGUCAGCAUUUCUGUGUCUAACAGUCAAAUCCAAGAGAAUGUGGACAUAGGUACAGUGUACCAAAUAUUUGCUGAUGAAGUUCUGGGAUCUGGGCAAUUUGGAGUCGUGUAUGGAGGAAAGCACCGAAAGACUGGGAGGGACGUGGCCGUCAAAGUUAUUGAUAAGCUCCGCUUCCCUACUAAGCAAGAGAGCCAGCUGAGGAAUGAGGUGGCCAUACUGCAGAGUUUGCGCCACUUGGGUAUCGUGAACCUGGAGUGUAUGUUUGAGACCCCGGAGAAGGUGUUUGUUGUCAUGGAGAAGCUCCACGGUGACAUGCUUGAGAUGAUCCUCUCCAGCGAGAAAGGCCGACUGCCUGAGAGGCUCACCAAAUUCCUCAUCACUCAGAUUCUUGCAGCCUUGCGACACCUGCACUUUAAGAACAUCGUCCACUGCGACCUCAAACCUGAGAAUGUGCUGCUUGCCUCUGCUGAUCCUUUUCCCCAGGUGAAACUGUGUGAUUUCGGCUUUGCCCGAAUCAUCGGGGAGAAGUCGUUCCGCCGCUCGGUGGUGGGCACGCCGGCCUACCUCGCCCCGGAGGUUCUGCUGAACCAGGGCUACAACCGCUCGCUGGACAUGUGGUCCGUCGGAGUCAUCAUGUACGUCAGCCUCAGUGGGACGUUCCCUUUUAAUGAGGAUGAAGAUAUCAAUGACCAGAUACACAACGCCGCCUUCAUGUACCCUUCCAACCCCUGGAAACAGAUCUCCUGCGAUGCCAUUGAUUUGAUCAACAACCUGCUGCAAGUUAAGAUGAGGAAGCGCUACAGUGUUGACAAGAGUCUCAGCCAUGCUUACUUACAGGACUAUCAGACAUGGCUGGACCUGCGAGAGCUGGAGACCAAGCUAGCCGAGCGUUACAUCACCCACGAGAGCGACGACAGCCGCUGGCAAUCGUUUGCCCACCAGUAUACGCUCACGUACCCCGCCCACCUCGUGCCCCCGCCUCCAGCACCCCCUUCGGAUGACGACGAGGGCAGGGACGACGCGGAGGUGCAAGGCCUCACUGAGCGGGUUAGCAUCCUCUGAGAGUCCCGGAGUGUUUACACUGCCAUCACCAUAAUUAGCUGUAUGGCAGCACUUCAUUUGUAAAGUCUAAUUUCCUCCAAGCAGCCACAUUCAAAUCUUCUUUUGUAAUUGCUUUUUGAAACUUCAUAAAGUUCUGCCAGUCUUUGCAGAUAACCAGCAGAAUAAAUCAAAGAAAAUAAGUAAAGGUUUUGUAUAGUGAGAGAUAUCGCUAUAAAGUGCCUUCAGUGUCCUUGUCAAAAUUACUCAGUCAUUGGGAAAUGUAGCAGAACAAUGCAACUGAGUUCUUGUUAUAAGUGGCUAAAUAUUUUCACCAAACCAGUACAAUAAUACUGUAAGUCUCUUAAAAUGUGUUUCCUUCAUGUUCUUGUCUUUUUCUUUUUCUUUUCCCAUUGGAUAUACAUGAUUCUGAUGUGCCCCACACCACUGCUCUGUAAACAGUGUUUGUUGUAAGUGGUUCAAUGAUACUAAAUCAACAUUUUUUUUACAUGGCUUUACUGUCCACAACAAGUAAUGUGAGAAAAUUCCUGAUUUCUAUAUUAUAGUUUAAUGAUCUUGCUGAGCAUUUUGCAUGUAUCCCUGAAAUUGAGGUCUACCCUGUCGUUAAGAGUAACUGCCCCUUUAAGAUGUUUUCAGUGACAUUACAACCACCAUUUUGUCUUUCUUCAGUGGAAGCUGAAACAGUGGCUUGUUGUAGAUGUAUAUACUGUGUAUAUAUACACACACACUUAGUGUUUGAGCUUAACCAAUAUGCAUUUAUAUCAUCAUAACAUCUACUUAAGACAAUGAAUAUGAAGCUCAAUGGAAUGGAAAAUCUUAAUUUUUGGGGGGUGAAAUGGAGAGGUUUCAAAGGCACUUUAUGGUGAUAUUGACUCAUAGAACAGCUGAAAAAAAUUAUUACCAUCCAUUUUCUCCAUCAUAAUCCAUAAAAGGAACCAUUUCGAUGUAUUGUGUAAUGUAAUGAUCUGAAUCACAGGCCCACUUUUAAUGUUCAAAAAUAGCAAUUCCUUUAUGUGAUGAGGUCCUUUCAAGUGAGAUUUGCACGCUUGUGGUCAUUCCCACAAAAUGCAUGCUCAUAAUGGUCCUGUACAACUGGAAGUAUUGAUUUGGUGACAGAACAUCUUCCUGUAAUUCACACAAGCCACAAUCAUACUCUUUUUAGAACAUAUGUUUCUACCAGGAAACAGGGUAGUGCUUAUGUUUCCUAUUUUCUGCCCAUUCCUUGUACACAUGUACAAGAACGCUCCCCCGCUCCAUCGUGAUAAGGAUCUAGCUUUUGUGGUGUGGAUGUAGCUUGAUAAUCAAUUCUUUGUCAUGUCAACAGAUUGCAUGUUUUCAUGUAGUACAAUGAGGUAGACUCAGUGUAAAACAGUGUCAUUUUUUAUGAUAUAGUCCAUUAUAAGGAUGUGUACCUUGAGGUUAGUGUAGUGUCCAGUUUGUCUACAAAUGUGGAUGAUGAUUAUGCUAAACUUUGAAGCACAAUAUAAAGCGAGAGGAAUAUUCA